AUGGACGAUACUUUGCAAAACGAUGAGCAGCUUCUUAUAAAAUCUGAAGAGAAAUACGAAUACAAUCAGCGUCCUUCAUAUAUUAGCUCCACCAAUAAAUUACGUAAAGACACUGAAUCACUUGGGGCGACGCAAAAGUCUGUCAAGACAGAAGCCGAAAAGAAAGAUCAAAUUGUCUAUAAAUUACCCGGAGAAAUGUCUGUGCAGUCACUAGAUGAAAAUACGCGAAACGCUUUAAUUCAACGAAUACAAUCAUUACAUGAGCGGAAUUCUGUAGUCGCAAGUCCGGCUGUGUCAUCGACACUUCGACAUGCAUCAUCAGGCGCAUCUGACGGGAUCCUUGCUAGCGGAGUUGCCACUUCCACUACUCAAUCAUCCUCAUCCUCAUUCUCAUCAAUAUUACCCAAUAGACAAUCGACACAGACGACCCAACCAUCGAUCCAGUCGCCGUCUGGCUCUGCUAGGCCGCGGGACAUGCCGAAAACAUAUACACCACUUGCGAUUAGACAACAGACAGCAGCCCAGACCUCGACGACGCCGUCGCCGACGUUUCAGUCUACACCAACCGGUUCAUCUGAUGGUACAAGCAUGCCAACACCAUCGAUGGGAAUAUCUUCGACCACACAACUAAAUGCGGGUUCGAUACCAUCCUCCUCUCAUGUACAACAACGAGCUUCAUAUCAACCUCAAUUACAGCCAGAUGGGACAAUGAAGACUACGCGUAAAUACAAUAAGACAGGAAAAUAUUCUAAAAAGCGUGCAUUGCAGCAGUCAGAGGAUAACCGACACGUAACGUCUAUAGGGAACAAGUAUCUUCAGGGUCCAAUGUACAAUAAUUACUAUCAAAAUAAUGUGCAGUCUACUAUUGUGGGAACAGCUUAUAAUUAUGAUCCUACGCGAUCAGUCGCUUAUCAAACAGCGAGUGUUGGACGAUCGCCUGAAGAGAUAAUCCACCAUCUGGAAGUCAAGCAAAGAUUCGAGACAGCCCUAUCAUAUGAUCAGAUAGCUAUUUACCAACCAGACGUGAAGCCAUUUCACUCCAUGGAAGACGCCAUCAGACGGCUGUUACCGUAUCAUAUAUUUCAGUAUCCAGAUGAAGAUUUAGAAUCUAAUGAAAAAAUGUCUGAUUUGGAUGCGAAUAAAUCAGCAUUUGCAGCAUUGAAAAGACGUAAAAGCAUAUACGACAAAUACGCACAGUUGCUUAAACAGGAGGCUGAAAGUUCUUGUCUCUCGCAUAGUGUAAAUCUAUGUGAACGUCUAAUAUUAGAGGAUGAAAAGAGUGAAAAUGUUGCAUUACAACGGGAAUUGGACCGUCUACGAGCUCAAAAGAACGAAUUGGAUAGAAUAGGAGGGAGUGGGAUAGCAAAGGAUAGUGCCGGUAUCAGCAAUCAGAAUGGAGGACAACAAUCAACUGCCACGAUGUCUUUGAAUCAGAACAUUUCUGAACAACAACAGCAGAAACAAUCGCAACCCACAACGAGGAAAUGA